AAAUAUUACAUUAUCUAUAUAUAUAUAUACAUAUAUAUAUAUAAAUAGAUGUGUAUAUUAACGUAUACAUUUUAAUUAAUAUAAGGAUUCAAACUAAAACAAGAAUUUACCCGUUCCAAAGUUUUUAAAACUUAAAAAUGAAGACUAGUAAUUGGAAUAAAUUUUCUUUAUUGAUGUGGAAAAAUUGGAAACUCCAAUGGAAUCAUAAGAUUCAAUUGCUAUUGGAAAUAGUUUUACCAUCAAUAUUUUGCCUUUUAUUAGUUCUAGUAAGAACUUUAGUAGAUCCACAAGGAGUUACCAAUUCAACAGUAUUUGGUGAAGUACCGAUCGUCCUAGAUUUAGAGAAACAUUCAUCAACUACAGCUUUUCCAAUAAAACGAUAUGAAUUAGUUUAUUCACCAGAGAGUCCUUGUUUAGAAAUUAUAGUACAAAAUGCAGCUACAUGGUUAACUAAUCAUAAUGAAGGGAAACGUAAUAUAACAAUACAUGCAGUAAAAAAUGGAAUUCAAUUAGAAAAUUAUAUGCAAGCAAAUCAUAGUAUAGCUGGUUUAUUAUUUGAGAGUGUAGAAUCUGGUGCAGAACAAUGUCCUUCUAUAUUGAAAUAUUCUAUGCGUUUUCCUAGUGAAUUAAGACAAAGUUCCUUAGAAUGGAUAAGAGAUUGGCGAACAAAUGCAUUGUUUCCUGAAUACGAUUAUGGUGGACCAAGAUAUGGUUAUUCCGAUUAUGAUUAUAAUCCAUCUUACACAAAAGAAGGAUUUUUACCUAUUCAACAUGCGAUCGGAUUAUCAUAUAUAAAUUAUACUGCAGAAAAUUAUAGUGCAAUUAAUACAGCUGACAAUACUGUAGUCGAUAGUAAUAAUUUUACGAUACCAGAAAUUUUUGUAAGAAGAGUACCAUAUCCGCCAUAUAUUGAUGAUCCAUUAUUGAAGGGGUUAGAAUCAUUUGUAUCACUCAUAAUAUUAUUAAGUUUCGUUUAUCCAUGCUCACAGACUGUAAAGUACGUUACAAUCGAAAAAGAAAAACAAUUGAAGGAAGUAAUGAAAAUUAUGGGCUUACCCAAUUGGUUACAUUGGACAGCUUGGUUUAUAAAAAGCUAUUUACUUAUUGUUUCGGCUAUAUGUUUAAUUGUGGUUUUACUUAAGUACAAUUGGAAGUUUAAUAUAACUGGAUUAGAGCAUGCAGCUAAUGUUGCAGUAUUUACUCACACUAGUUGGAGUGCUUUAUUGUUUUUUAUGUGCAUCUAUGGAAUUGCAGCAGUAACAUUUUGCUUUAUGUUUGCAACAUUUUUUUCAAAAGCGAAUACAGCUACUGCCGUAUUGGGAAUUGCCUGGUUCACUUUGUAUUUACCAUAUAAAUUUACAGAGAAAAGUUAUGAAAAUUUAUCACUAACACAUAAGCUUACAACUAGUAUAUUCUGCAAUUCAGCUAUGGCAUAUGGUUUUAAAAUAAUUUUGCGAUUUGAAGGUACUGGAGAAGGUCUAAAAUGGAAUAAUAUCUUUCGCCCAGUUAACGUUGAUGACAAUUUAUCAAUAGGUUUAGUAAUUGGAAUGAUGUUAAUUAGCUCUAUUUUGCAUAUGCUAGUUACAUUAUAUAUUGAGCAAAUAUUUCCGGGCGCGUAUGGUGUACCAAAAAAGUGGUAUUUUAUAUUUACAAGACAAUUUUGGUUUGGCAAUCAGUACAAAGGUGUGGAAGAUAUGUCAUCAACUGAUUAUCAAAAACGCUUUGACCCAAAAGCUUUUGAAGUGGAACCAACAAAUAAGAAAGUAGGGUUAGGAAUUAAAAACUUACGUAAAACAUUCGACGACAAAGUUGCUGUUUCUGGAUUAACUAUGAAUUUAUAUGAAGAUGAAAUAACUGUAUUAUUGGGACAUAACGGGGCUGGUAAAACUACAACGAUUUCUAUGCUAACGGGUAUGAUACCACCAACAAGUGGGACAGCUAUUUUGAAUGGUUUUGAUAUAAGAACAAAUUUAAUGAACGCAAGAAUGUCAUUAGGUUUAUGUCCGCAGCAUAACAUACUUUUCGAUGAACUAACUGUACGUGAGCAUAUUAUAUUUUUCAGUAGAUUAAAAGGGUUAAAACAAGAGUUAGUAGAAGAAGAAGUCAAAAAGUAUGUGAAAAUCUUAGAAUUGGAGCAAAAAAUUGAUACACAAUCCCAACAUUUAUCUGGUGGUAUGAAACGUAAAUUAUCCAUUGGAGCAGCAUUGUGUGGUGGAUCAAAAGUAGUUUUAUGUGAUGAGCCAACUUCUGGUAUGGAUCCAUCGGCAAGGCGUGCUCUCUGGAACCUAUUGCAAUCUGAAAAAAAGAAUAGAACUAUUUUAUUAUCAACUCAUUUUAUGGAUGAAGCUGACGUACUUGGUGAUAGGAUAGCCAUUAUGUGUAGUGGUGAUUUAAAAGCUAAUGGUAGUCCCUUUUACUUGAAAAAAAAAUAUGGUGCUGGAUAUCAUUUGAUUUGUGUAAAAAAAGAAGACUGUCGUCCAUUACAAAUAACAAACCUUUUAAGGAAAUAUGUUCCAGAUAUUGCUGUUGAAAGCGAUAUUGGAUCUGAGCUAUCAUACAAACUCCCCGAAAAAUAUUUAAGUAUAUUUGAAAAAAUGCUUUUCGAACUUGAAGAAAACUCUGACAACUUAAAUUUAUCUGGCUAUGGAAUAUCGAACACAACUUUAGAGGAAGUUUUUAUGCUCGUUGGUGCUGAUAAGAGCGAUGUAAAUCAAAAUGGAUUAUCAAACAAUCAUAAUGGUAACAUUAAUCUGGAUGAUAUGGAAUCUCUAACGAUUGAAAAUGAUUUUACUGCAAACGAAAUAAUUCUUUUAAGCGGUUAUCGUUUAUGGAUAAGUCAAUGGAGAGCAAUGCUAUUAAAAAAGUUUCUAUAUACCUUUAGAAAUUAUUUAUUAUUGAUGAUACAAAAUUCUGUAGCGAUUUUCUUUGUGGUCAUUACAGUUUUAAUAUUUAGAACAAAAGAUCGAUUUAGAACAUUGCAACCAUUACCUUUAACAAUAGAUCGAUAUUCGGAAACGGUAACAGUAAUGGAAUUACAAAAACAAAAUUCAACAUUUUUAGAAAAAGUUGGUUUCGAAUAUGCAGAAUAUAGUAGUAGUUUUGGUGGUGAACAUGGUUUUGAACGUAUAGAAAAGGAUUAUUUUGAUUUUAUAUUGAAUUUAGCUAAAGUUGCUCUUGUACGAGUUAAUUCACAAUAUUUAAUUGGGGCGACAAUAAGCAGUGAUAAAAUUGUUGCAUGGUUUAAUGCACAACUUCUUCAUAUUGUACCUUUAUCAUUAAAUACAGUUCAUAAUGCUCUAUUAAGGGCAGUGUCAAAUUCUUCAAAUUUAAUUGAAGUUACAAAUUAUCCUUUACCAUAUUCAACUGAAACAAAAUUAGAUGCACUUGAUACAGGAGGCUAUUUAGGAUUUAAUCUUGCAUUAAAUUUAAGUUUUAGUAUGGGUGUUAUUAGUACAUUUUACGUCUUAUUUGUUAUUAAAGAAAGAGAAACUCGUGCAAAAUUAUUACAGUUUGUUAGUGGUGUACGUGUUUCAAUAUUUUGGUUUUCACAAUUUUUGGCUGAUUUCGUUAGCUAUUUAAUUACUGCUAUAAUAACAUUAGUAACAUUGGCAUGUUUCCAAGAAGAUGGAAUGUCUACAUUUGCUGAAUUAGGUCGAACGUUCUUAGUUUUAAUAAUAUUUGGCAUAGUUGUUUUACCAUUUACGUACUUAUUAUCAUUCCUAUUCACAGUUCCUGCAACUGGUUUUUCUAGAGUUUCUGUUAUAAAUAUAUUUACUGGAAUGGCACUAUUUGUAGUUGUUUUUACAAUUGGAUUACCGGUUUUUGAUUUAGAAGAGACUGCGAAAAAUUUAAAUUAUGUAUUUUUAUUAUUACCGCAUUAUUCGUUAGCAAAAUCAUUGGAUAGCAUUAAUAAAAUUGGUUCAACUGAAGCAACUUGUAUGAAAAUUUGUAAUUAUGUAAAUGUUCCAAGUCAAUUUUGUAAAAUGGAGCUUCUAUGCGCAUACAAUGAAAAAUGUUGUGUUUCCGGUUAUUGGACAUGGAAGGAGCCAGGUAUUGCAGCAAAUAUUGUCCUUGGUAUUGUUAGUUUCUUUGGAUGUUUUACAAUGCUUUUAAUAAAAGAGUAUGGAUUCCUUGAUGAGACUUGCUAUCAAAUAAAACUUGUUGCUAUGAAAAUUUAUAAUUUCUAUAUGGAAAAAAUCAAAAGGAGAGCUCCAAUGAGAUCUGAAGGGGAUUAUGCAAACCUUGACGAAGAUGUCAUUAAUGAAAAAUUAAGAAUUUCUCAAAUGUCAAAAGAUGAUAUUCAAAAUACAAAUAUUGUAUUGGAUAAAGUUACGAAAUAUUAUUGGAAUUUUAGAGCUGUAAAUGAAAUUUCGGUUGGCAUUAAAAGUUCAGAAUGUUUCGGUCUGCUUGGUGUUAAUGGUGCUGGAAAAACCACUACAUUUAAAAUGAUGACUGGUGAUGAACGUAUUACAUUCGGCCAGGCUUAUGUAAAAGGCUAUUCGUUAAGAAACGACAUUAAUACAGUAUAUCGCCAUAUUGGUUAUUGUCCACAAUUUGAUGCUUUAUUAGAAGAAUUGACUGGUAGAGAAACAUUAAGAAUUUUUUCAUUAUUACGUGGUAUACCAGAAAAAAGAAUUAAUAAAAUAUCAGAGGAAUUAGCGAAAGGUUUUGGUUUUACAAAACAUCUUGAUAAACAAAUUAAAAAUUAUAGUGGUGGUAAUAAAAGAAAAUUAAGUACAUCGAUUGCAUUACUUGGUGGUCCAUCAGUUAUUUAUUUAGAUGAACCAACAACUGGUAUGGAUCCAGGCGCAAGACGGCAAUUAUGGAAUAAAGUAUGUCAAAUUAGAGAUACAGGGAAAACUAUUGUUUUAACAUCACAUAGCAUGGAAGAGUGUGAGGCGUUAUGUACACGUUUAGCUAUUAUGGUUAAUGGUGAAUUCAAAUGUAUUGGUUCGACACAACAUUUAAAAAAUAAAUUUUCAAAAGGAUUAGUAUUAAAAAUAAAAAUGAAAAAAAAUCUGGAGCACUCUCCGGCAAGAAAUAGAGGUGACAUUCAGCUUGAAGUUUAUCUCACAAACAAUAAAACGAAUAUUAGAACUAGAAGAUCUCCUCAAACAGAACUAAUUCAAAUGGAAGAAAUUGUGGAACACAGUGAAAUUGAAGAAAUAAAAAAUUUUGUUAAAAAUCAAUUUAGUGAAUCAAUUUUAAAGGAGCAGUAUCAAGGAAUUUUGACAUUUUAUAUUCCAUUAUCAAGUAUUCGAUGGUCAAAAAUAUUUGGUCUGAUGGAAUCACAUAAAGAAGAAUUAAAAAUUGAAGAUUAUUCUAUAAGUCAGACGACAUUGGAAGAAAUUUUCUUAGAAUUUGCCAAAGCACAAAAAGAUGACGCAAAGUUAAAAAAGAAGAAGAAGAAAAAUACAGAGUAAAAGUUUAUUGUGAUUUAAAGAAAAAACAUUGUAUAGAUUACCUAACAAGGUUUAAUACAAGAGAUUGUUUUUAAGGUUUAAUAUAAGAGAAUGUCUUUAAUGAAAUUUUUAUAAAAAAAAAGUAGUUGAUAUUAUUUAUUUUGUUUGACUAUUAGUAAUUUUUAAUUUAAUCUUAAGUUGAAAAAUAUAACAUAAUUUUUUAUUAGUGCAAUAACAUUAGGACAGACUCUUAAAUUGUAUCGAAAAAUUGAUUUUUUUUAAUUAAAUUAAUUUCAUUUAAUCCAAUCUUUAACUCUGUGAAAAUAUAUAGCUUUUCUGGCAAAAAUGU